UUGACGGCUGAAACAGGAAUAUAGCUAUUUAAUUUUGCCACUUCUUUACAUUUGGAGUGAUGAGAUGGUCCCUACAAACUGAGGCUCAAAUAUAAAUUGACCCAGCACACACAUCUCUCUAAUGGCCAGCUGAUGUAAGUGAGCAAUGAAGGUGAGGAUGACUUCCACAGUCCAGAUGAAGAGAAGUCAUUUGAUUGGCAUCAGCUUCAUUAUUAUGCUUGUCCUCUAUGUGGUCUUCAGUUCACUGCGACUAGGUUGGCUCAGCUCUUUGCAUGGACAGUCAGAUGAUGCUGGAAGCUCCCAUGGCAGUGGCACACUAAAGAGGGGGAAAUACAGCGUCUGGCCGGAUUUUAGUGUAGCUUUAGACAAACAGCCUGACUGGUUCGUCAAAAACUGCUGGCCAGGUGAGAAGCUUUCAGUAAGUGCCGUGUCACAGGUGAUGGGCAGGUGGGCUGAAGCUCUUCCCUUGCACUGCAGCGAGAUGUACAAGACGUUUGUGACGAUCUUUGAUGUGAAAACGCUAAAAACAAAGGUAUUGAUAGAAGGUCCUUUCGCUAAGAAGGUGAAGAAGUGGCUCGGAAACAACGAAGAUUUGUUUCAGGAAGCUAAUGACCAGACUGUGAUCAAAAUUUAUAAUUUUUACACUAAUGAACAAGUUUUGAUCAACCCACUUCGAGACAAGCGGCCAAUUGCUAAACCACAAAAGCCAGAGAGGGAGUUAUUCACUGCUCAAGAUCACUUUACACGACUUGAGUCUGAGCAUUCUGUGUCUGCCUCAAAUACGUUUAAGUGGGAUAAGUGGCAUGGAUUGAUCUUGACCAAACAGCAUCAUCCUCUCAACUGGAAUGAAGAACAGUUCAUGGAUCUCAUGAAGACAGCCAUGAAAUGGUUUGAGGUGGUGCAGGCCCAGGACACAUCCUUUUCCUACCCUGUGAUCAUAUGGGAUCUCCUGCCUCAUGCCAGUGCCAGUCAGAUUCACCCACACAUACACACUAAUCUCAAUGCUGAGCGAUAUUAUGGUUACCUGGAGAACUGGCGGUCAGCUGGUGAGCUGUACUAUCACGACACCAGUCGCAAUUACUUCACUGACCUGGCAGGUACUCACAAGGCUUUGAACCUCUCCAUCCAACUUGGAGAGGCAGUCGCUUUUGCUCACUUGAUCCCGAGGAAAGAUGAUGAAGUCGUAGUGAUGAGCCGUCUUCCAGAUGAAGACUUUUUCAAGCUAAUAUAUUAUACUGUGAGAGCCUUCAUAGAAGACAUGGAGAAAUUUUGCUUCAGUCUGGCCGUAGCAUUACCAACAAUGGGUGGUGACAAAACUGGACAGAUACCGGCCUUUGCCCGUAUAGUGACCAGAGGUUCUGUGUCCAGUAUACGCUCAGACAUUAGCUCUGUGGAUCUCUUUGUGGCCUCAAAUGUGAACAUAGACCCAUACAAAGUCAUUGGAUACAUCAGGAAUUCUGUGGCUAAACGUUAUACAGAUACUAGUGGUGCAUCAUUUUAAGGAGAGUAUUUGUGGGCUUACUUUUAGUGCAAAUUUUUAUAUGGUCGCAUAUUUAUUAUUACAUGGAAAUAGGGUGAUGUCAUAUGGAUGCUUUGAUAUAGAAACCGUACUGUUUUAGGCAGGAUUUUAAUGCUACUAAUAUGACCAUACUGCCUGUUAUAGGGUUCUUAAAUUUGCUACAUGGCGUGUGUUCACAUGCAUUCUUAUUUAAUAUGAUGUUAUUUAAAUUAAAAUGUACACUUUGUCAAAGAUUUACAAAUCUUAAAACAUAAAACUUAAGUUGUAAAAAAUUUAUCUUAUCAGCUUUAAUGUUGUUGUGCAUAAUUGAUAAUUGUUACAUUUACGUCCUUACAAUAUCAUGACAUACAUUGUGCAAAUAAUAUUUAUUGGUGAGAAAGUGUUUCUUAUUUUUAAUGGUGUCAUUUUGUCUGAGAAUUCAUAUGGCUCAUCAUUUUCUGGAUUUCUAAUAUUUGUCGUUUACAUAUUUUUAUGGCUGGCUGUAUAUUUAAGAAAAUGACGAUUUUCAAAAGUUUUCACAUUUUACAUGUAGAUGAUUGUGACAGUCGACUUUUAGAUGGCAAGAACUGAAGGCUUUGGAAUCUGACCAAAAUGUCAGAUAUCUGGCUUUCAUAUGUACUGAUACCACUAACGAAUUUAAUACACAGAAAUACCCCCUUGUAAAAUUUACUUACAUGUAGAAAUGAUAAGAUCUAUACCUAGACUUUUUGUAAAUUUGGCUAGAUACUGUUGUUAAGUGUCCUCAUGUUGUAUUUAUUUCUGUUUACAGUCAUCAUAACCUCUCUUUCUCAUCUCAUCUUUUUUUUUUAGUUAGACUCACUGCUGUUUUGGCUCACUGUGGUAUGAAAUAUUAUACAGGUGUUUUACCUAUCCACUUGGGUCAAAGAAAAUCAUAAUACACGCUUUCUCAACCAUACCUUCCUGUGGUGAGAGAAAGACUAUAUCUACCUAAAGCUAUGUUAGUGAAAUAUUUGACUUUCAUUUCAAAAGAAGACAGAAGUAGUGCUUAACAGGCAAAAAUAUUGGUACACUGUAAAUGAAUAUCAUUGGAUUGUUUCAUAUGCAUCUAUUGUCUAGUUACUCUUUCACUUAUACAUUUCUUUUAUAACUUCACAUGUUAGAUGUCGUCCAUUGAAGUUUGAAAACUGGUAUUUAUUAUCAAUCUGAAAUUUAGAAAUGUUGCUCAUAGUUGUUUUAAGAGUUUUACAUCAAAUAAUUUUUUGACAUCAAAAUCUGCCAAGUGUUGCAGCCAGUUGGAAUGACAAGAUGUGAAAUAUUGAACAAAAAAACGUUGGGUGUGAGAAAUUUUUGUUCAGUAUGAUGUAAUUUUAUGGAUCACACAUGGAAAUGCUACAUGUACCUUGUAUGACUAUAAAUGCAGCAAGAAAGUCCCGUAAAUGAUUUCGGUUUUGUGCAAAUUUUUUUUUGCCCAUGUUUAGUGUGUAUACCUCUCCCUCAUUAUAACAUGCUUCAAAAUAACACACUGAGAUAUAAAGCAAUCACAGUUGUUUCUUGCACACAUAUAUGUACAUACUUUGGAAAGUUUAAUUUAGGAAAACUUUCACAUUUUUUAUCUUCUUUGCGCUCAGAUGAUUGGUUAUAGUGCUACUUUUCAAUAAAAGCUACGCCAUUACGAUCAUGUGGCUUACAUCCAGCAGCUCACUGUGCCUGUUCCUAUAUUAUAUAUAUAACAGACUAUCAGUCAUUAAAGAUCAAACUUCUAUAACAUACAUUCCUUACAACACUGUAGGGGCUCAGUAGUUCAGAUGGUUAGCAUGCUAGCGCAGCGUAAUUACCCAGGAACCUCUCACCAGUGCGGUCGCUGUGAGUUCAUGUCCAGCUCAUGGUGGCUUCCUCUGGUUGUACAUGGGAAGGUUUUCUAGCAACCUGCGGAUGGUCGUGGGUUUCCUCUGGGCUCUGUCUGGUUUCCUCCCAUCAUAAUGCUGGACGCCGUUGUAUAAGUGAAAUAUUCUUGAGUACGGCAUAAAACACCAAUCAAAUAAAUAAAUAAAACACUGUAGGCGGAUGUUUUCCCCAGACAACAGCUUUGU